UUUCACAUACCUGCCUUCCCUUUCUUUUCUUUUCCUCUUCAGCCGACUCCCCCAAUUUCUAAUCCCUAACAGCUAAUUUCUAAAUCCCUAACAAAAUAACUUUUCCUUCUCCACUCCAACACCCACCGGCCACCACCAUCAUCGUUCACCAGUCAGGCAGUCACCACCAAUCCACCACACACCUGCUGGCGACUUUAUAAUUUUAAUACGCGUCGAGCGAGCAAGCUUGCCAUUUCUUUCUGAAACGUUUCAAGUUUUAGGACGUCUCACUUUCAGCUCACGUUUCAGAGCAGGAAAACCCUUUGAAUUAAGAUGGUGUUUGGGCAAGUUGUGAUUGGUCCACCUGGAUCAGGAAAGACUACUUACUGUAAUGGCAUGUCUCAGUUCCUCAAACUUAUUGGAAGGAAAGUUGCUGUAAUCAAUUUGGAUCCGGCCAACGAUUCGUUACCCUAUGAGUGUGCUAUCAAUAUCGAGGAUCUCAUAAAACUAAGUGAUGUCAUGACAGAACAUUCUUUGGGGCCUAAUGGAGGUCUUGUCUAUUGUAUGGAUUAUUUAGAGAAGAAUAUCGAUUGGCUGCAGUCUAAACUGGAACCUCUUUUGAAAGAUCACUAUCUUCUUUUCGAUUUUCCCGGCCAGGUUGAACUAUUUUUCCUUCACUCGAAUGCCAAGAAUGUAGUCAUGAAGCUUAUUAAAAAGUUGAAUCUUAGGUUGACUGCUGUACAUUUAGUCGACGCCCACCUAUGUAGUGACCCGGCGAAGUAUAUCAGUGCUUUGAUUCUCUCGUUAUCUACCAUGUUGCACUUGGAGCUGCCACAUAUCAAUGUCCUCUCUAAGAUUGACUUAAUUGAAAGCUAUGGAAAGCUCUCUUUCAAUCUGGAUUUCUACACGGAUGUCCAAGAUUUAUCGUAUUUACAGCACCAUCUUGACCAAGAUCCCCGCUCUGCCAAGUUUAGAAAACUUACAAAGGAGCUUUGCGAUGUAAUUGAAGACUUUAGUAUUGUCAAUUUCACAACCUUAGAUAUUCAGGAUAAGGAGAGUGUUGGGAAUCUUGUGAAACUUAUCGAUAAGAGCAAUGGAUACAUAUUUGCCGGUAUAGAUGCCAGUGCGGUUGAAUUCAGCAAGAUUGCAGUACGACAAGUCGAUUGGGAUUAUUACAGAGCUGCUGCGGUACAGGAGAAAUACAUGAAGGACGAUGAAGAUUUCAAUAAUGAUGAUUAACCAUGCCUUGUGAUGAGAUCACGAACUGAGUGAGGUUCCACCUUCACUAUGCCUUCUUUUUACCUUGUUUAUAUGUGAAUUUUAUGAAAUCUAGACUCGAUAACCUCAAGUUUAUACAGCUAUCGAUCUUCCUUAUCUUAUUCUAAA